CCGGGACUGGGCUGGCGUCGCGCGCGUGCAGCUCGCGGGGAGCCUGCCGGGGCGUCCGGAGCCGCUGCGCGGUCGCAGCUGGCGGGGGGCUCCCGCUCGGGCACGCAGCCGGCUCCCGCGGGCCUCCGGGGUCUCCCAGCCUCCGCCUCGCCCGCCGGGCCCCAGCAGGCGCCGCCGCCGUGGCCUGGGCAGGAGCGGCGGCCACUAGCUGCGCCCUGCCCGGGACGGAUCCCGGGCAGCCCCGUCACGUGCGCCCAAGUCCUCGGCCGGCCGGGGCAGCGCCGUUCCCAUGGUGCCAGGCCGUUGAUGGAGAAGGGGGCGGAUGACAGCCGGGACCGUGGUCAUCACCGGGGGCAUCUUGGCGACUGUGAUUCUGCUCUGUAUCAUUGCUGUUCUGUGCUACUGCCGGCUCCAGUACUACUGCUGCAAGAAGGACGAGUCGGAGGAGGCCGAGGAGGAGCCCGACUUCGCCGUGCGCUCCCACCUGCCGCCGCUGCUCUCCAGCCGCAGCCUGGCGCUGACCGACGGGCCGGCCCUCUACCCCGCCGCCUCCACCUCCUUCAGCCAGAAGUCCCCGCAGGCCCGCACCCUCUGCCGCAGCUGCUCCCACUACGAGCCCCCGACCUUCUUCCUGCAGGAGCCCGAGGACGGGGGCGUGCGCAACGGCGGGGAGCGCGUCGCCUACAAGAGUGUCAGCCAGGAGGACGUGGGGCUGCCGCCCGGGGGCUUCGAGGGCCUGCAGGCGCUCAACCCCAGCCGCCUGUCCGCCAUGCGGGAGGCCUUCUCCCGGAGCCGCAGCGUCAGCACCGACGUCUGAGCCGCCCGCUCCGGCUCUGACAAGUCCCGGGACCGUGCCGGGGUCUCAGGGACACAGCAGCCUGGCCCCAGGCCCGCACCGGGGCUAAGCCCGGCCUUCCUCGAGUCGAUCCCGGUCAUCUCGAGGCUCCGUCGGGGAGCUCCGGGCCUCGCUGCAAGGAUAAGGCCCAGGGAACCAAGCGUGGCCACCGGGGGUGGGAGGACACGGCCUGGGGCUAGAAGGCCUGCACGGCGCAGGCACAGGUGAACCGGGCGUCCCGACGGCAGACGGCCUCUCGAGGCCGGGCUCUGGUUAGGGAAGGGGUAGUGGAAAGCAGCCUCCACCUCAGCCCCAGCCAGUCGGGCAGCUCGGGAGCAGGGCUGACGACAUCACUCCCAGCCCACCAGCCUGUUCAAGGAAGGGGUGGUGGCCGCGAUGCUGGGGACGCUGCAGCACAAGCCUUCCCUGAUGGUGGUGUUCUGUCCCUUCCCUCCCCCCUCGCACACACACCUCUGGCUUCAAGGCCCAUUCGGCUGAGACACUGGUUGGGCUGGCCCCCCUGCAGGUCUCCACAGAGGGGGGAGUUCCACGGGUGGCCAGGCCCUUGGGAUGUGCAGCCCUGACUGGCUUUUUCGUAAAAGGGGGAAGCGCAGAGGAAGGGAGCAGCCAUGUGCUAACCACCUGCUUCAGGAGUGUCCACGCUAAAUGCACAGCCCACUCUUCAGGCCUGACAAGUUAGGGCCUCCUGCCCCUGGGCCCCAGCCUCCGGGAGCCCUCCUAGCUCUGGUCCCUAGAGAAGGCAGACCUAAGCUCUCCCACCUGCCCCGCAUUUCUCAGGAGGACCCGGAAGCAAGGCCCCCGGCCACCCCUCCCCUGCUCCAGCUCCACGUGACAACCCCAGCUGAGCCCACUCUCCCCCGGGCGCCCAGUGGGAGGGUUUCCCUGGGAACCCAAUCUCCAACCCCUUCUCUCCAGUUGGGGAAUUGAUGCCCAAUGGCCACUGCAGAGAAAUGCCCCAAACCGAGAGGCACCAGCCAUGGGAAUUCAGCUCCCACACCCAAUCAGAGGCAUGAUUUCCUGCCUGCAGGCCCCAGUGCCCCCGUCCUCCCUGGGCCCCCUCUGCCCUGGGCCAGCUGCGGAGCGCCCCCAGGUAGGGUAGCCCCUGUCUGCCCAGGACAUCGGACCAAGCUCCCCUAGCUAAGCCAGCUUCCUUGCAAACAAACCACUGCGGGGCCCUGAGCCACCCAGCCUGAGCACCCGCUUCUGGCUGAAAGCACCAAUGAGUUGAGCAGCGUGGACGUGAGCAGAGUCAGUGAAGACUGACUAUUUUUAUCAUCUCAGCUCUUUUCUCCUCCCUUUCUCCCCCUGUCUGUUUGGACCUGCUAAUGGAAUUCACGCCGCCGGCUUCCCAAAGCCCCCGCCUCCCCUUCCUUCGUGAAACCCUGAGUCUGUUUCUGAUGCAUCAUCUUGCAGGGUGGGCUGGGGAG